CUUGGUGUUACCGUCAGACCUGAGCUAGCAGUGAGUGGAGCCAGAGGAGAACAGAGUGGCUCUGGAAAGCAGGCAGGGCUUCCUGCUGAGAACUGGGCUGGCUGGCCAUGCUCUGGGCGCUCUGGCCAAGGUGGCUGGCAGGCAAGGGGCUGCCCCUCCUGGGGGCAGUGCUGCUGCGGAAGAGAGACAAGAGGGGACCUCAGUGGAGGCAAUGGAGGUGGGAAACCCACCCCUACUAUGACCUCCAGGUGAAGGUGCUGAGGGCCAGAAAUAUCCAGGGCACAGAUCUCUUGUCCAAAGCUGACUGCUACGUGGAACUGUGCCUGCCCACUGCGUCCCCUAGCCCUGCCCAGACAAGGAUGGUGGCUAACUGCAGUGACCCUGAGUGGAACGAGACUUUCCACUACCAGAUCCAUGGUGCUGUGAAGAAUGUCCUGGAGCUCACCCUCUGUGAUAAGGACAUCCUGGGCAGUGACCAGCUCUCCCUGCUACUCUUUGAUCUGAGGAGCCUCAAGCCUGGCCAACCCUACAGACACAUCUUCCCACUCAACCACCAGGAUUCACAGGAGCUGCAGGUGGAAUUUGUUCUGGAGAACAGCCAGGUGCCUGCGUCUGAAGUCAUCACCAAUGGAGUCCUGGUGGCUCAGCCCUGUCUGAGAAUCCAGGGGACCCUGAGGGAAGACGGGACAGCCCCACGUCGAGAGUAUGGCUCUAGGCAGAUUCAGCUGACAGUGCCCGGGGCCUAUGAGAAGCCACAGUUCUUGCCCCUGCAACCUCCCAUGGAGGGAGGCCUCCCAGCUACCUUCACCUUUCACGUGAACCCAGUGAUCAGCUCCAGGCUGGAUGUGGAGCUGGGGGAGAGGCUCACAGUCCUGCAAAGUGGUCCAAGUGCUGAGCUGGAGGCCCACACCAACAAGCUGGGUGAGGGGGGUAUCCUGCUCUCCUCUCUGGCCCUAGGCCAAGAGGAACAGCGCUUUGUGGCCCUAGGGGAGGGCCAGGAGGUGGUUCUGAGUAUGAAGGCAGAAAUGAGCUCUGGAGACCUUGACCUGCGUCUUGGUUUUGGCCUGUGUGAUGGGGAACGGGAGUUUCUGGACAAGAGGAAGCAGAUCGUGUCCAAGGCCCUGCAGCAGGUUCUGGGUUUGAGCCAGGCGCCUGACAGUGGCCAGGUGCCUGUGGUGGCUGUGCUAGGUUCGGGAGGUGGAACCCGAGCCAUGUCUUCCCUGUACGGCAGCCUGGCAGGGCUGCAGGAACUUGGCCUCCUGGACACUGUGACCUACCUGAGUGGGGUCUCUGGGUCUACCUGGUGCAUCUCCACACUCUACAAGGACCCAGCCUGGUCCCAGGUGGCCUUGCAGGGCCCCAUUGAGCGUGCCCAGGCUCGGGUCUGCAGCAGUAAGAUGGGGGCGAUGUCCACGGAGCGCCUACAAUACUAUGCCCAGGAACUGGGGAGCCUGGAAAGCACUGGCCACAGAGUUUCCCUCAUCGACAUCUGGGGUCUCCUCAUUGAAUAUUUCCUCUACCAGGAGAAAAACCCUGCCAAGCUGUCUGACCAGCAGGAGGCCGUCAACCAGGGCCAGAACCCUUAUCCUAUCUACGCCAGCAUCAAUGUCCACACCAACAUCAGCGGGGAAGACUUCGCAGAAUGGUGCGAAUUCACACCCUAUGAGGUCGGCUUCCCCAAGUACGGGGCUUAUGUUCCCACUGAGCUCUUUGGCUCUGAGUUCUUCAUGGGGCAUCUGCUGCAGCCCCAGCCUGAGCCCCGGAUCUGCUACCUGCAGGGUGUGUGGGGCAGCGCCUUUGCAGCCAGCCUGGAUGAGAUCUUCCUGAAGACUGCCGGCUCGGGCCUCAGCUUCCUAGACUGCCACAGAGGGAGUGUAAACAUCACAGAUGACUGCCAGAAGCUCCAGCUGCACGAUCCCACACGUCUGAGGACCAGGCUCUUCACCCGCCAGGGGCCCUUCUCCCAGGCCGUGCUGGACAUCUUUACUUCCCGCUUUACCUUCGCGGAGAACUGUAAUUUCACCAGGGGCCUCUGCCUGCACAAAGACUAUGUGGCUGGCCGGGAGUUCAUGGCCUGGAAAGAUACGCACCCUGACGCCUUCCCCAACCAGCUCACUCCCAUGCGGGACUGCCUGUGCCUGGUGGAUGGGGGCUUUGCCAUCAACUCUCCGUUCCCACUCAGCCUGCUGCCCCAGAGAGCGGUGGACCUCAUUCUGUCCUUUGACUACUCCCUGGAGGCCCCUUUCGAGGUCUUACAGAUGACAGAGAAGUACUGCCUGGACCGAGGCAUCCCCUUCCCAAGUAUCGAGGUGCUCCCCGAGGACUUGGAGGAACCCCGUGAGUGCUACCUGUUCGCCAAGGCCAAGGACCCCCGCUCUCCCAUCGUGCUGCACUUUCCCCUCGUCAACCGUACCUUCUGCACACACCUGGCCCCAGGUGUGGAGCGACAAACAGCCGAGGAGAAGGCCUACGGGGACUUUGUGGUCAAUGGGGCAGACACUCCAUAUGGCAUGAUGAACUUCACCUAUGAGCCUGAGGAGUUUGAGCGGCUGGUGGCUCUGAGUCGAUACAAUGUUCUGAACAAUGUGGAGACCUUGCGGCAUGCGCUCCAGCUGGCUCUGGAGCGAAGGCAGGCUGGGGGCAGGGCUGGAGGCUGAGUCAGGCUGGAGUCAGAGGGCUGUGAGAGGGGAGCAACUGUGGGCCCCAGACCAGGGCUUGGUACGGGGAGGAGUGGUAGACUCUGUGGGGUUUCUUCAUACCAGGUUACAGGGACUGGCUCUAGGUCCUUCAGGCCUCAGAAAGCUCCUGCGGAACAGCAGCUUGGCUUUGGGGCUGCACCCUUCUCAUAUGUGUUUCUGGGAGACAAAGCGGGGGGAUGUCUCCCCCAGGGGCUUUGGGGAGGAGGAGGGCACGAGUGAGCAGUGCUAAUUUUACACUGGAGUAUAGAGGGAUGAGGCCACAGUCUAGCCCCAGGGCAUGGCCCAAACCCAGAGGGACCUUAGGGGGCCCAGGUCUUCAGACCCUCACCAAGACUGGAAGCUGUGAAAGCAGGUUAAGCUGAGACCAAAAGCAGAGACUCCUCCGCCUAAUCCACACUUCCUGCAAAUGGCCGGGCUCCUGGAUGCAGUGCUCAGUGCUAUCAAGAAUAAAGGGAGACCUCAUGGA